AUGGCCACCAUACCGACACGGUCCUCACUCCCUCGCGAGAUAUGGCUUAUGGUACUCAUACUCUGGACAGAACCGCUCUGCGCCACCGUCAUCGACCCCUUUGUCAAUGCCUUCAUCCGCGAGUCCAGAAUCACGGGAGGUGACGAGACAAAAACGGGCUACUACAACGGGAUCAUCGAAUCGGUGUUCUACAUCGGCGAAUCCCUCUCCGUCGUCCUCUGCGCCCGUCUAUCCGACCGCUACGGCCGUCGUCCCAUCCUCCUCGUCGGCCUCUUCGGCCUCUCAAUCUCCAUACUCCCCUUCGGCUCUACUCCGCACUUCUACGUUAUCGUCAUCAGCCGAUUCUUUCAGGGAUGCUUCAACGGCUCAUUAGGGAUCGCGAAGACCGUGUUGAAUGAGGUUACCGACGAGGGGAAUCGGGAGAGUGCGUUCAGGGCAAUUCCGCUCAUCUGGACCUUUGGUGCUGUCGUAGGGUGCGUAUAUUGUCUUGGGUUUUAUGCUGCUCGUGCUGAAAAAUAG